AUGAGUGCAGACAAUCAGCCUACCAGUCAGAGGCGUGGCUGGUCUUCGUUUAUACCUAAAGCUGCUGGCAGUUCCUCCAGGCCGUCCACCCCAAAGACGAGCCCUCCAACGGAGAACAGGGCAUCUGGCCUGUUAGAAUCUCCUAUUUCCUCUACCCCAGACCCCGAUUCUUUUGUCAUUGUCCCUAGUUCAUCUACCAUACAGCACGCUGCGGGUGAUGCUGCACCUCCAUCUAGACCCUCAACUCCGAAGCGAUGGUCAUCGAAGUCUAUACUGACUUAUUCGCCCAAGGUUUCCCCUCAGACUCUCGAUAACCAAGCUACUCAGCUCAUCGCGCACGCACUCGAACGCACAAACUCUCAACAACAGAACCCAUCUUCGGCCAAGUCUCCUGACUCCACCAAGAAUGGAGGCUCCUUUGGCAAGUCGUUUUCGUCGAUGAUGGGCGGACUGUCGUCUUCUCUCUCUCUAUCGAGGACAAGCACACGAGAGAGCACCAUUGUAGAGGAUAAAGACAAAGACAGAGGACGAUCUAUGCUCAAGGUGAAGCGCAUCAAAUCCGCCUCCCAGGCUCCAGGCGACGACGGGAAGCAGUCUCGCAGUGUCUCGCGAGCCAGAUCCCAGUCGCCCUUCACAUUCCGACGUUUUCGCAAUCGCGAACCCUCUCCCACUCCGGAACCUGUUCGUAUGAGUCAGUCCGAUGCUGACCUAUCGGAUACUUCUUCGUCCGUUCUCCCGCGAACCACUGCUUACACGGACGACGAAUCCGGCGACGAGUUCACCACCGACGCAGAGACCGACUACGCGUCGUCUAGCGACCAGGAGGACACCUUCGAUCCGAUCACGGAGCUCAAUACUGAGCGCAAUGCUAUUAUCCCGCCUGUUGUCGAUCCCUCGACUGCCGCCCAUGAGAUUGAAGAUCCGGAUCCGGUAGGAGAAGGUGUCAAUGUCGUUGUCGCGCCAGAACCUUACUUCCCCAGUUCUCUCAAUGCUCUGGGCACGAAUUCACGAGGAAAACGGAACCCCCGCAGGCGGAAGUCCGUCAAAACACACGAACCAUUGCCUUACAAUACAUCACGACCCGUUUUCCAACGCGAUAGAUGUACAAUUACUUUAACUCAAGGUGAUCCGGAGGGAAAACUUGGCGACAGACGAAAGAGGCGUUAUGUCGUCGCAAGUGAUCUCAGUGAAGAAAGUCGAUAUGCUGUGGAAUGGGGUAUUGGGACUGUUUUACGUGAUGGCGAUGAGAUGACCAUUGUUACAGUCGUUGAGAAUGAGUCGAAAGUUGACCCUGCAAUCCCCAAUGCUGCCGAUCGCGCAGUGAAGCUGAGAAGCCAACAAGAGCGACAAGGACUGGCGUACAUUCUCGUUCGCCAAGUGACCGGCUUACUCCAACGCACGAAGCUGAAUGUAACCAUAUCAUGUCAAGCAUGGCAUGCCAAGAAUUCCAGGCAUAUGUUACUUGAUAUUGUCGACCAUAUUGAACCUAUCAUGCUGAUAGUGGGGUCUCGUGGUUUGGGCCAAUUGAAUGGAAUCCUACUUGGUUCCACAUCCCACUAUCUCAUACAGAAAUGCUCUGUACCUGUGAUGGUCGCUCGUCGUCGACUCAAGCGACCCCCGAGGAAAUCUGCUCACUUGUCUACCCAGCGGACUCAUAUAUCCCUUGCUGAGGCUGGAAUUGAUCGUGUUGCGGCUAAAGUCGACCAGGAUGUGCAAAUCAUGCGCGACGAAAUACAAAAAGACGACAACAGACGCGACGGCGGUCCAGGUAGCCGAAAUGACAGGCGCUUUGGUCCCGUCAAUGAGGGCGAACCAGUUGAGGAAGAUGAAAACGAGGAUGAAAAUGACAAUGAAAAUGAUCUCGAUGACGAAAGCGCCGGUGUCAAGGUUGCAGGGUAG